UUUGAUGAAACUUUGUUUUGAAAUGUGAUAAUUUUUGGAUUUGGAAAAACGAAAAAUCAAAGCAAAAAAACUUAAUCUAAAAUAAUGAUCAAAUGGCUUGGAUCAAUACGCAAGAUCUUUGUGUUGUUUUAAUUACUCAGUUAUUAUUUUUUGCUUUUGGUUGGUAUAUAUUUGUUAAAAAAUUAUUCCGUGAUUAUGAAAUUAAUCAUAAAUGGAUACAAAUAUUAUUCUGUGUUACAUUAUCCAUAUCAUGUUGUAUGUUUGAAUUGAUUAUAUUUGAAAUUGUUGAUUUUCUUGAUACAAGUUCACGUUAUUUUCAUUGGUAUCUAUCCAUUUAUCUAAUGUUAUUUAUGCUUUUGGUUGCCUUACCAUUUUCAAUAUCAUAUUUUUUGAUUGAAAAUUGUUUUUCCGAUGGUCGAACGCCGAUUAGAUGGCGUUCCAAAUUCAUACUAACCGGUAUUGUAUGGUUAAUGUUUAUUGUUAUUUUCUGGAAAAUUGGUAAUCCAUUUCCAAUAUCAUCACCACGUCAUGGUAUAUUAUCGAUUGAACAUCAAAUUAGUCGUGUUGGUAUUAUUGGUGUUACAUUAAUAGCAAUGUUAUCCGGUUUUGGUGCCGUUAAUUAUCCAUAUUUAUCAAUGUCAUAUUUUACAACCACUGUAACGACAGCUGAUUUAGCUAAUGCUGAAAAACGUUUAAUGCAAACAUGGGAUAAAAUUGUUAUGAAAAAGAAACAAAUAUCAACAGCAUUGUAUAAUCAAAAAAUAUCCUCAACUGGUGGUUUGGGUGGUAAACUAAUACAGAAUUCUUCCUCUUCUUCAUCAACAAAUUCCAAAACAUCAUUCUGGUCAUAUUUGAAAAAUUUUAGUUCAACAUUUGAUUUUCAAACAACAAACAUUCAACAAUUACAACGUGAAUGUUCAAAUUUAGAAGAAAUGUCCAGACAAUUAUUUCUUGAAUAUGUUGAUCUUAAACGUAUGGAAGAUAGAUUUAUACAAUCACGAACGAUAAAAGGUCGUUUUUUUAAUUAUUUGGGAUAUUUUUUCUCAAUAUAUUGUAUAUAUAAAAUAAUAUUGUGUACAAUCAAUAUUGUAUUUGAUCGUGUUGGUCGUAUGGAUCCAAUAACACGUACAUUACAAUUUCUUGUCAAUUAUAUUGGUAUCGAUGUUGAUGUAAAAUUCUGGUCACAACAUUGUUCAUUUUUGGUGAUCGGUGUUAUUGUUCUCACAUCAACACGUGGUUUACUUAUUAAUUUAACAAAGUUUUUCUAUGCAAUUUCAUCAUCAAAAUCAUCAAACAUUAUUGUCUGUUUAUUAGCCGAAUUAAUGGGAAUGUAUUUUGUUGCAUCAAUAUUAUUAAUGCGUAUGAAUAUGCCAUUAGAAUAUCGUAUGAUUAUAACUGAAGUACUUGUUUUAAAAUUUGAUCCCGAAUAUGAAUUACCAUUUCAUGGUCCAUAUCAGAAACCAACAACAGUAUUAUUACGUAUACGUUCAAUUGUACAAGAUAAAAUAAUAUUAGCAUUUAAAAUAAAAACAACAGCACCGAAAUUCUAUUCGGUUUCACCGACACAUGGUUAUCUACAACCAGAUAAUGAAUGUAUAAUAACAUUAACGUUUAAUGGCCAGGAACAGGAUUUACGUUCAACCAAAAUGAAACAUAAAUUUUUAAUACAAGCAACCCGUGCACCGGAUGAUUUAGAAUCAAUACAACCGGAUCGUUUUUGGAAAGAAUUAAAUUCAAUUAGUAAUCAAUUAGGCAGACAAUCGAUUAUAAUUUAUGAACAUAAAUUACAAUGUUUAUUUGAUAUUUUUAAUGAUAAUAAUGUUGAUGCAAUGGUUAGUGCUGUAUCGGAUAAAGUUAUUAAACCAUUGAAACCAGAACAAUCGCAAUCACAAUCACAAUCGCAAACACAACAACAAUUUAAAUCAUUUGCUGCUGCUGAUGAAUUUGUAAAUCGAAUAGCAACAACAACAACAGCGACAGCGGCAGCGACAGCGACGACAACAACAACAAAAUCCAAAGCAAACGAUAAAGAACAAUCAUCAGUAUCAACAUCAUCAUCAUCAACAAUCGUAAAUGAUGAACAACAAAGACAAAGACGUUUUGAAUUGAAAACAUUAAUUUGGGCUAUUUUGGCUGCAAUUCUAGCUAUAGUUGCUGCAUUACCAAUCUAUUGGAAUCGUUUACGAUUACGUCAACGUCAACAACAACAACAACAACAACAGAAUCCACAAAAUGAAACGAUGAUUAACGAUGAUUCGCCCGUUGAUGAUGAUGAUAAUAGUCAUUGUCGUAUGAUGAAAAAAUUAACAUAUAUUGGUGUGGCAAUAUUUGUUGCCAUAAUUGGUUGGGCUAUUUAUCAAUAUCAAUAUUAUUGGCGUAUACAACGAUAAACAAACGUGCAGACGUUCUUUUUGUGUAAAUGAUGAAAGAAACGUGUAGGCGUGGGUACAAUUCGAAACGUGUGGGUGUGUGUGGGCGUGUGAAAAUGCGGAUGAAAGAGUGUACACGUUUGA